GCUUUCUCCUGCAUCAAUUUUCCAGCAAGCCAUCGCCUUCGCUUUCAUGGUCACUGCGCGAUGGCUGGCGGGCAUGCAUUUGCGACUCACCCAACGAAAGCCGUAUCGUCCGCGGAAGGUGUAGCGUUCUUGCCCGCGGAGGAUACAGUUGUCGGCGAGCGAAAACGUAGCGAUGGCAAGGCUCCUCUGUGGAGACGAAUAUCGCCAGCUUUCAAGGAUUUCGUGGAGAGGAACACGGGACUGCUUAUGGUCGCGUCGUCUCAAUUCUUCUUCGCACUGCAGAACGCGUCGGUGAAGAGGCUAAACAGUCUCGAGGACCCAGUCCCCACAUUAGAGCUGGUGAUGGUGCGAAUGGGUAUCAUAUGGAUAGGCUGCGAAGCAUAUAUGCUUCUCAGAGGCGUGCCGGAUCCGUUCUUGGGGCCCAAGGAAGUGCGGGGCCUCCUCCUCUUACGAGGCUUCUCGGAAUUCAUCGGAAUAUUCGCCUCCUACUACUCCCUGAACUAUUUGUCCCUGUCGGAUGCUACGGUAUUGACUUUCCUAUCGCCUUUCACCACCGCCAUCGCCGGAGCACUGCUUCUCAAGGAGAAAUUCACACUAAAGCAGGCACUUGCUGGCCUAUGCAGCUUCGGUGGGGUCAUACUCAUUGCGAGGCCCGCGUUCCUGUUCGGUAGUGCUUCAGCAGCGCCGGACUCAGGGCAUGUUAUUGACGACGGACACGUUGGUGACCCGCUCGCCAAAGGAACGCCCGCCCAACGGUUGGGAGCUGUCAGUGUUGCCUUGAUCGGCGUCCUUGGUUCUACCGGUGCUUACACGUCAAUACGAGCUAUUGGGAAACGCGCUCAUGCUAUGCAUUCCAUCGUCACAUUUUCCGCUUACUGCGUUAUCACAUCAUUGGGCGGGUUACUAUUACGGGGAACCCACGUCGUGGUCCCACGACGUAUCGACUGGUUCGCUCUUCUUCUGUCAGUCGGCUUCCUUGGCUACGCAGGCCAAGUAUGUUCAAUAACCCUGUAACCGCGUAAAGAUGUGCUGAGGCCCACAGAUCUUUCUGACCAACGGACUGCAACGCGAGACCGCGGGCCGAGGGACCAUGGCUGUAUACACGCAGAUUAUCUAUGCCCUUGUACUACAGCGCAUAUUCUUUCAUACGACACCCGCUCCUCUGUCGUUUGUCGGGACGGC